UUCAUCAGACAGUUGGGUUUUCGAGUGAUUUCACUCCCAUGGCCAAGGGAAAGACUCAUCACGAACCGUUAGUCUUCAAAAUGUUCAGAACAAGGACCGAACCAGACCUUGCCUGCUGGAAGAAGACACGUUGAAGUUUUCCAUCUUACCUUCGUUAAUCUCCGUCUCCAUUUCCAAAUCAUGUGAGCCGACAAGUUGCCAUGUGAUUUCCUCAAUAAUAAACACAAGACGACAAAAUAAAUAACACGCAAAAUACUUCGCUGCUUCCAAAUCUUUUUUGGGCGGAAAAAAAACUUUAAUCUUAAGUUUUGACAACUUUUUUGUUCCCUCUUCGCGCAUGUGACAAAAUUGAAGGGUCUUACGGGAGAGGAUGGACUUUCAAUCAUUACAUAUGAAUCUGAUAUAGAAAAGAAACACAAGAAGAAGAAAUCAAAUAAGCCACCCAAAUCCCCAAAAUCACCGUAUCUCUCAAACGCGUACUUGCAUCCGAAGAAGGUAGCUGUAUGGAGGUCAUUGAAGGGUACAGGGACCAUGCACAUGGAAAACCCAUCAGCCAAGGUGCCUAGAGAGAUGUGGGUGCCAUCACUUAAACAAGGUGUCGCUUUGUCCCAGUCACUGAAAACUGAGUAUGACUCUGGAUACAGUCGGAAUUCAAGCCACACAAGUACACCAGAAUAUCUGAAAGAGGCUUUUGGUAUGAAAAAACCAAAGCAUUCCCGAUCAGCCAGUAAUGGUUAUAUCCCUGGCACCCCCAACUACAAGGAGAAAGAAGACAUGUAUGAUGAGAUCAUUGAAUUGAAGAAGAUGAUUCAAACCCAGAAGGCUGAGAAUUAUAUUUUGAAAACAAAGCUGAGGCGAUCAGAGGAGGAAAACAGCAGAAAAGAGAAACAGAUUGACCAGCUGUUGGAUCCUUCCAAGAGUUCAGAAUAUGCCAGGAGUUUGAUUGAUAAAAAGAAUGACACUAGCGGGAUUGUUAAUGGAUUAAAGAAGAGAAUCUAUAAAUUGGAGAAGCAGUGUAAAGAGAAAGAGAGCAUAUUAAACAAACUCCAAAACGACUUGAAGACCACUAACAUUGAAGAGAUGAAGAUUGUCACAGAGACUUACUAUGAAGAGAUUCAGAGACUCCGACUUCUGUUGACUGAUAAUGAGGCUGCAGACAAGAAGUUGAUACCAGAGAGCAAAGAAUCACAGAAACAACAGAAGGUGCUCAACUCGACCAUCCUGAGAUUGUCCAAAAGCCUUAAACACCUCCAGCAGGAGAAUAAAGCCUUGAAGGGUGACUUGGACCAAGCAUCCCACGGCUCUUUUGCAAUCAGCACAGCCCAAGGUUACAGUGAGUGGAGCAAACAAAGACUGGUGAGAAGGCUUCUGGAGCUGGAGAAGAAGGCUGAUGAUCAGGAGUUAGCCAGCUCGCAAUCCAGGACAAAUAACGGGGCCAUUGAACAGAAGCACCCACAGGCUGGACUUGCCCUGGAUCAGAUGCAGCAACAAGAGAAGCAGCAGCUCAACCAACAACAGGAGCAUGGCCGCCUCCGUGAACUAGUGAAAAAGCUGAAGGAGGAUCGCAGUCAUCUGCAGAAAGAGCUAGCCGCCAGGGAUGCUGAAAUGAAUCGACUAAUUCAGGAAAAGUCAGAGAUGGAAAAGGAGCUGCACAGCCUCAGGAAAACUCAAGCUGACAAGCCCUCAGAAGAAUACAGGAGGGAAAUCCAUUCCCUGACAGAAAAAAUAACACAACUGGAAGCAGAGCUGGAAGACCAUCGGAGAAUGAAACCGCACUCCAGUGACAUUGAUGAGAUACACAGCUCAAGCAAUCAAUCCAUUCAAGGUUUGGCCAGGAGUCACCGGUCCACACAGACCACUUCUGUUGGUUGCACUCAGCAGAAACAGAAAUAUGACAGAGAACAAGCAGCAAAAACAAUCCAGAAGCAAUGGCGCAGAUAUCAAAAUCAGAAGGAAGAUUCAGAUCUGGAUGAGGCAAUUACUAUGAUUCAAGCAUCAGCACGGGGACAUUUCGCACGGAAGAACCUUGAGAGCACAUAUUCUAAUUCUCAAGUUUCUCACAGCAAUAUCAUUCAGAACCAAUUCUCAGAAGAAGAUGAGAGGAAUGAGGCUGUUUCUGUCAUCCAGUCCUCCUUCAGGGCUCAUCUGACUCGGAUGCAGUACCUCAGAGAGAAUGCUGAGCAAAAGAAAACUACAUAUACUGGAAACACAGAAGAGAACACAAUUACAGUGAACAAAUCCAGCAAUGUCCAGCCAUGGUCGAAGUAUUCUGAAUACCUCAAAGACAAUGAGCAUAGUGAUGAAGACGAAGAAGAAGCAGAACUUUUAAAGAAAUCCAAAAUCUCGCCCACUCGAUUGUCAUUAUCAAGAUCCAGACGAAACCUGCCUCAGACAUCAAGAGAAUUGGAAUCAGAGGAUUCUGAUGUAAUUGUUGCUUCGGCAUCACGGUCACGAAACCAUCAGGACUCCAACUUCUAAAGGCAACUCAUUGUGCUUCAGGGGUCUGACAAUCAUUCUGAAUGUUUGGAGGUGGAUGGCGAGUUAAGCAGUCAAUAAGGGAGUUUGUAGCUUUAUAGGGCUGCAGAAAUCAUGGUGUAUGGAGUGGACUGAUUGUUAAAGAAAGCUUAAUCCUAUUUUUAUAAAACAAAAUCUAAAACCAAUGAUUGAUUUCAUAAAGAGAAAAUUCAGGAAAUAAUCAGAUAAAGCAUCUUGUGUGAAGAGAAAAUCAGAAUUUAUGGACUAAAAUUUGACAAAAUGUUUGCACCUUAAUGUUGUUACAAUAUGUGGGUCCAGACCAAGGGUAUGCCCACAGUGAGCCUGCUGGAGCAAUUUUACGUAGGUAACUUUCUAAUUGGUGAUCUUUAUAUAUAGCCAUCUAAUUCAUGACCAUGACAGGUCAUAGUAGGGUUUGCAGCAAAGUGCAAACAACAACACCACCAAGGCAGCUGAGCACUACUGGAAAGAAGGGAAACUUUUAGAGACUACCUCAGAAUAGAGAUGCUCAAAAAUAUCUCCCUCCUAAAGAAAAGAUGGCAAGUGUUGUGAGGGCCCCCAGGAUGAAUGAAAGAGUGUACAUAGCUACUGUGGGACUCCUGUGAGCAUCACAGGCCCCUUAUGCUGCCAAGAAGCUUGCUCCUGACACAGCGGAAUACCUGUUUGCUGGUAAGCCCUGGGAGAAUAGCAGUAGAAUGAUCUGUCAUCAGGACCUUAAUUGCCUUCAUUGCCUGCUCACCUUCGUGGAGGGAGUUGCCAAUUCCUGUGGCAACUCACCCCUGGGAAAGUUGCCGAGAGAUUAAGAGGCAUCACAUAGCCAUCCUGACAGGAUUUCCUGUCGUGUUCAUAAAAUUCCCAUUUCCGAAACGCAUCUUCAAGGGGCUGAGAAAACUCAACUUAACAUUUGAGGCCUGUGAUUUUUUUAACCAAAUUUCACAAAGAGUCUUGGAUCUGAAAUUGUUAACUCUGGUUCUCUCUCCAAGGUAUGCUACCUGACCUGCUGAGGGUUUCCAGCAUUUUCUCUCUUUAGAUUUACAAGCACUACAAUAUUUUGCCUUUGUUUUAUUGAUUUAAUGAGAUUGUUUUCCAUUGCUACCCAUAGUCUGGAAACUCCCCCUUGUAAUGGAAAUAGGCUGAUUCUCCAGCACUGAACUUUUAACACAAUAUUGCAUCACUUCAGCUUGAACAGAAGCAACUCUACAGUAUGAACACAGCAAUAAAAGUUGCAGUUCACACCAUGUACCAGCAGUUUUCCAUGGAGUCCAACAUAGGUAAAUAUUUAAGGUCUUUGAUAAAAGUGUUGUAGCUGGAAUCUCUCAGGAUAUUGCACCAAUCCUUGCACAUGCCUACCAUAACACCUACCAAAUGACCAUAGCUCUGUUGCACUAUUUAGCUCUAACUAAAAUCCUGCUCCUUUAGUCUUCAAUAACACACGUAAUUCUUUGCCGACCCCAGGUCUAUGAUUACAUAUAUUUGUAAUUAUUGAUUACCUUGUUGUUUCCAGAAACAACUCUUUAAGUAAAGGCAGAACAUUAAAUGUUCAGAGAAGACUUAUCCAGCUUCUGAAAGAUUGAACCAUAUUGUACAGUUACCAAAUCCAGUUGCCUGUUACUAGUCAGGAUUGUGCGUAAGAUGCUUGCCUUUCCUAUCUCCAGAUGAAUCUGCCUGCAUGUAUUCUCAAAUUGCUUUGAAACUAUUUCCAAAAGCCAAGUAGGUACUAGCGUCUACUGUUUCAGCCAAUCAUCUCCAUUCUGGUCAGAACUUGUAAUGUUAAAUAAGUAACCUUAUUUAAGUAGAAAAGCUACAAACUACAUAAAAUAUAACUGAUGGGUGAAACUUCUCUCAAGUUUCUCCAGUGAAAUGCAGUCAGUGCAAUAUGGUAACACCAUCCAAAUAUGUAAAUUAAUUCCCAGGUAAUUCCAGAUGUGUGGACUCUGGGUGUAAUUGUUUGGGGAAUUACCUAAUAAUCUCCAUGCUGUCACGAUGAUUUGGUGGUGGGAAAGUCAUUCGGUUGUGUGUGAUAACACUUCUUGAUAUAUAUUUUAAAAACAACAAGCUAGGGCCCUUGUGGUACAAUGGUAUUGUCCCUCUGAGCCAGAAAGCCUGGGUUCAAGUCCCAUCUGCUCCAGAGGUGUCUCAUAACAACUCUAGAUAAGUCAAUUAAAAAUAUCAAUAAUCUCCAUGCUGAUUAGGAAUAAUGUGGUCACUAUAUGCAGCCUUUGAAAUAAUUCGAAGACUUAGUUCAUAAAUUCUAAUCUGCCCAUCUUCAACAAAGUCAGGAUAUUAUUUGGAGAAGUGGCAUCUGAUUUGGAACUUCAUGAGCUUGAUACAGAUACACAUCGCUAGGAAAUAUCAUUUAACAGUAACAUGCAAUGCAACAGUGUGGCAGAACACAUACCUGUUCUGAUGUAAGCCACAUUGAACAUAGGCACUAGCUAGCUCCCUGCAUAGAGGAAUGUGAAACAUUAAACUGCAAUGCCAUGCUGGAUGGGUACUUAACACUUCAAUGGUAACCAAAAUGACUAUUGAAGGAUAGAUGUACUGGAUUUAGAAAUGUGCUGGAGAGAAAGUAGGUUAUAUGCCAGUCAUUCAAGGGUAAAUAUGUUUGAUAUAAAGAAUUUACUGUCUUUCUUAGUGAUGAGCCUGAUGCAGUUCUUUUGUUUUGGAAAUUGGUGUGCUUUUUGUAUCUUCCAUUCAUGCUUGUCUGUCCCUGGUAGGUCUGGAAGUUAUUGUCCAUUCCUAAUUUCACUUGAGAUGAUGAUUGGUUGUUAUCUUGAACAUCUGCAGUCUGUGUGGUGGAGGUACCUUCACAAUGCUGUUAUAUAGCAAUUCUAGGAUUUUGAUGUCCCAACAAUGAAGUAGCCAUAUCUGUCCCAAGAGGACAGAGGAUCUUGUAGGUAAUGAGUUCUGAAAAACAUUAAAUUCUGUUUCACUCUCCACAGAUCUUAUCAGACCUGCUGAGUUUCUCUAGUCUUUUCUGUGUUCGUUUCAGAUUUUCAGCAUCCACAUUAGUUUACUUUUAUUAAUGAUAAUGGAUCAAUGCAUCUGAAAUAAUUCAACAGAGGCCAGUAUCCCUUCACCAAGUCACCCUUUAUUUACAUGUGGAGAGUCCUUGACACUGAUCCAGCUCCCUCAGCGUCAGCUCUCCGGGUGAACACAAUGUCUGACACUCCUGUUCUUAUCUGUCAGCCAGGGCUGCCUGAUUGGACCAGAUUAACAGCCCCAUUCAAGGAACUCCUAUUCUGUGAUGUCUACCUGGCUGACCUCGUUACAAUCACUACAGUAUCUUCUGCCCAUUUUCUCUAAUUAGUGGAGGUCAUGGUUUGGGAAGUGCUGCAAAGAAACCUGGGUUAGUUUUUGCACUACCUCUUUUACACAGCAGAGGAUCAAACCUCAUGAAUUGUAGGUGGAGGAAUGUUUGCAGUGAUAGGCUGUUAUUCAAGCCAAUAGCCUUUUUUAUCAUUGAACAUUUUGAGCAUUAUUGGAGCUGCAACCAUCCAGGCAAGUUAAGAGUAUCCCACCAUAUUCCUAACUUAUAUCAUGUAGGAGGUGGAAGAGCUUUGAUAGUGUGGAAAGACUGUUUUGAGGGGAUCUGCAAUGAGAAAAAUGGGUUUACGUUAAUGCACCUUAUGGACAAUAUCCUACUUGAAUGUUUUAUUCUGUUUUGUAAUCACCUGUGCCUUGUGAUUUAUGUGAGAGGAUAUAUUUACGACAUUUUCAGACUUGUCAUUAUGAAAAUUAUGUAUAGUUUGUGUAGUAUUUUGUAACAUACAAUUUAUUUUUAAUUUUUAUUAUAUUUAGAAACUUGAAAUAAACUGUUCAUAUUUUAACAA